AUGCACAGCUGGUUUUGCGCAAAGGAAGGGCGCAUGGGAAGCAAGUAUGUGAGGAUGAGGGAAAUGGCGACUUGGCAGUGGGUAGCAUCCGUGCGUGGGUGGGUUUCUGGUCGUCGAAAAGGGCGCGGGUUUGCACUACUAAACGCACAAAAGUACGGUAGCGACGGGGCCUCCCACACCACUUCUCACGGAGAUGACGAUACGGACGCAGUCGCACUUUUGUCGUCUUUACAGACAGGAAACGACAAGAGACAGAGGACCGCUGCUCAAAUCCGACCGGCCGACUAA